AUGUCUUCGCCCAAAAUUGCAAUCGUUAUCUACUCUAUGUACGGCCACAUCGCCAAAUUGGCCGAGUCUGUGAAGAGUGGUGUUGAGGCCGCUGGAGGCAAAGUUACCAUUUUCCAAAUCCCAGAAACUCUUCCCCAAGAGGUCCUCACCAAGAUGUAUGCACCCGCCAAACCAGAUUAUCCUCUCAUCGACGCGGAUAAGCUUACCGAGUUCGACGCGUUCCUUUUCGGUAUCCCCACUCGGUACGGAAACUUCCCUGCUCAGUGGAAGGUUUUCUGGGACACUACGGGUGGUCUCUGGGGUAAAGGUGCCCUUGCUGGCAAAUAUGUCAGUGUGUUUUUCUCUACGGCUUCGCUCGGUGGAGGCCAAGAAUCCACGGCUAUGAACGCUAUGUCGACGUUCGUUCAUCAUGGAAUGAUCUUUGUCCCUCUCGGAUACUCUGUGGCUUUUCCGCAAAUGACAAGUCUCUCGGAAAUCCGUGGUGGAUCCGCAUGGGGAGCCGGAACCGUCGCUGGUGCUCAAGGAGAACGUCAACCCUCUGCGCUUGAGCUCGAGAUUGCAAACAUCCAAGGAAAACAUUUCUACCAGACCGUAUCAAAAGUGAAGUUCUAA